AUGACCUCUGUGACAUCUGUGACUUACCAUAUGACCUUCUAUGUGAACUGCUGUGUGACUUCCCAUAUGACCUCCUUUAUGACUUCCCAUGUGACAUCUGUGACUUCCCAUAUGACUUUCUCUGUGACUUCCCAUAUGACCACUGUGACUUCCCAUAUGACCUACUCAGUGACCUCCUGUGUGACUUCCCAUAUGACCUACUGUGUGACUUACCAUAUGACCUACUAUGUGACUUCCCAUAUGACCCUCUGUGACUUCCCAUAUGACCUCCUCUGUGACUUCCUAUAUGACCUCUGUGAUUCCUCAAAUGACCUCAUCUGUGACUCCUCAUAUGACCUCCUCUGUUACUUUCUCUGUGACUUUCCAUAUGACUUCUGUGACUUUCCAUAUAACCUUUGUGACUUUAUAUAUGACCUCCUUUGUGACUUCUAUGACUUCCCAUAUGACCUCCUUUGUGACCUCCCAUAUGACCUCCUUUGUGACUUCACAUAUGACCCCCUCUGUGACAUCCCACAUGACCUCUUCUGUGAUUUAUCAUAUGACCUCUGUGACUUCCCAUAUGACCUCUGUUACUUCCUCUGUGACUUCCCAUAUGACGGCCAUUUUAACUCCCCUGUGACCUUAUAUAACCUAUCAUUUCACCACACAUAAGAUCGCUCACAUGACAUCUCAUAUGACCUCCCGUUUGACCUGCAAUAUGACUUCUUAUUUUGCCGCCCAUAUGACCUCUUUUGGAACUACCAAUAUGACUUAAUAUGUGACCAGAUAUAUUUCAUAACAUAUGACUUCCUAUAUGACCUUCCCUGUGACCUCUUAUAUAACCUUUGUUUGACCACCCAUAUGACGCCCAUUUGACCUCCCAUGCGACUCCAUAUUACCUUCAUUGGGACCUCCCCUGUGCCCUCCCAUAUGACUUACAGUGUGACCAUCCAUAUGAGCUCUCAUGUGCCCUCCGAAAUUACUUUAAUACCUCCCAUAUGACCUCUCAUGUGACAUCCCAUUUUACCUUUCAUGUCGACAGCUUUAUGACGACUACAUUCGUUGGUUCUCUUGUGUUAAAUUGAUAGAAAUAAAGAAUAAAUGUCUCAACGCUU